AUGAUACACCAAUAUCUCACGUAUUACCCCAAGAAGGUUGCACGAUGGAUUGCACCUCCUCCUCAGAAAUCAGAGGAUGGUCGCGAUCAGUGGCCCUCUAGGGCAGCGUUCCUGCUGGCUGCCAUGGGAGGUUGCGCUGGCCAAGGAAACUUGCUGCGAUAUCCGUCGGUAGUAUACAAUAACUAUGGACUACAAUGGUUUAUCCCAUAUUUACUAGCCAUCUUUGCGGUUGCCAUUCCUGCCUUGAUUCUGGAAAUCGCCAUCGGACAAGCCUAUCGUGGUGGAGCGGUGAUCGCCUUCAACAAUAUCAAUAAUCGGUUGAAGGGCGUUGGCCUUGGUCCAGCAUUGGUCAGCUUCGUCGUUGUGCAAUAUUUUACAGUGAAUCUAGCGUGGAUUAUGAAAUAUUUUCGCAACUCCUUCCGCAGUCCCCUGCCAUGGGAAGGCAGAAUUGAGGGUUUCUACAUGGGCGACGUUGUCGCAAAUACCGACCCAGUAGUGGGAAAUCUCACUGCAGGAAAUGGUGUUGUCGAAAAUUACACUACUUACCCCGGCGUGGCCUUGAUCGGCGAGACGGUCGGCUGGAGCGCCUUUAUUUGGUUUCUCAUCUGGAUAUCCAUUUUUCGUGGAGUGGGCCUGACCGGCCGUGUUGUGUACUGGACAAUGGGUCUGCCGAUUGUCACAACCAUUAUCAUCGUUGGUCGUGCUUGUUCCCUUGAAAAUGCGCGCGAAGGUAUCCGGCUUCUAUGGGCAACCUGGAGGGACGACCAAUUAGCCUCUGGGACUGUCUGGCAAACUGCAGUUGGACAAGUCUUCUUUUCCACAGGAAUCGGCUUUGGUUAUUUUACCUCGUAUGCUUCAUACAAUUCCAAGCACUCCAAUGCUGUCAUGGACGCAUUUCUCAUAUGUGGGAGUAAUGUUUUGUUUGAAAAUUUUGCCGCCUUUGCCGUCUUUGGUAUCAUAGGCUACCUUCGACGUUGGCCACAAGAUGACGAGAGAUUAGGCGCAUUUGUGGUUGGUUUUCUAACACUUCCCGAGGCGGUGCUUCACAUGCCCGGUGCGAAUUGGUGGGCUAUUCUUCUCUUCUUCACACUAGUGGUUCUUGGGUUCAGCUCUGCCUUUGUGAUGCUUGACGUGGUGGCUACCUUGGCUGUGGAUGCCGGCGUUAAACUUUCACGGCCGGUGAUUGUGACUGGUCUCACAAUACUCUCAUUCCUCAUGUGCCUACCAUACUGUACCAAAUUUGGAUUCUAUCUAUUAGACGGAAUCGACCGAUGGAUAAACAACGUGGCCCUGAUAUUCGUUGUGUGGUCAGAACUGGUCGGAGCUACAACGGUAUACCGGUGGCACGAUGUGGUAAGCCAGACUGGAUUUCCUGCUUUUGUUCUCUACAACUUUGGAUAUUUCGGUGCCCAAAUCCUCGGAGUUGCAGUUGCACACGGAGUCUCCAGUCCAGCAGCUGGUGCUGGUGCAGGUUUUGGACUAUAUAUUUGCUGCUCAGUAGGUUCAACUUUGGUGGCCACAACUCCAAGUAUCAAAGGUGCCAGUUUCUGGGGACGAAGGCCACUGCUCAGUCGGUUUUGGUAUCUAGCUUUCUACUCUGGUAAUCAGUUGAGACGCGACUUGAACGAUGUUGUUGGUGGCAACGGAAACUGGAAUAUCCCUCGUUUCUGGCCUGUUCUCCUCCGGUACAUCAGCGCACCUAUUCUAGCCAUAGUUUUCAGCUUUGCAUAUCCCGAAUUCUAUUCCCUGCGAUAUGAUCCACUGAUGAUUGCGGGAUUCAUUCUAGCACAUCUUUGCCUGCUUUUGAUCUUGCUUGGUGUGGUAUUGCCGCGAUAUUACAAUGUUUUCAUCCCGUAUCAUCGGCGAGGCGAGGGAAACCAAAUUACGGUUGCCAGUCGGCCCAAAGAGCAGCUCGCAGAUACUGGUGGAUUUGACGUUGAAGGGGGCGUGCCAGGUCCGUUUCCUUUGAGGAUGAGUUCCGACCUGACAACUACCGAGAAUACGAUAACAACGCGGAAGGUUUAG